ACAUUAUUUAGCGUAAACAGUAAAACUUCUGAUAGUUCUUGAGAGCUCUCCUCUUCGGAACAGCUCGACCUUCACGCCAAUGGCGUCUUCUUCUCUUACUUCGUUCCCAUGCCUAUCCUCGCUCAAAAUGACGAUUAAGCCCAUGGCAGCUCUCACCAAUCCCCCAAGAACGAAAACUCCAUACGAACUGAAAAAGGGGCAAAACCGUCUCUUCCACAAGCUUCCCUCUGGUCUAAAAAUGGAGGUAAUCGAACAACGAAGAAGCAAAUCCGAAAGAGAGAAUCCACCAUUGGUGUUUGUACAUGGAAGCUAUCACGCAGCUUGGUGUUGGGCUGAACAUUGGUUACCUUUCUUCUCUUCUUCUGGGUUUGAUUCUUAUGCUGUUAGUUUACUAGGUCAGGGUGAAAGUGAUGAUCCUUUGGGAACAGUUGCUGGAACACUUCAGACGCAUGCAAGUGAUAUUGCGGAUUUUAUCGAAUUGAAUCUUGGCUCUUCACCUCCUGUUCUUAUUGGUCAUUCUUUUGGAGGACUCAUUGUUCAAUAUUACUUGGCAAAUAUUGUAAACAAGCAGACGUUAGGAAUGGAAAAUGCGUUUCCAGAAGUUUCAGGGGCUGUACUUGUUUGCUCGGUUCCACCUUCGGGUAAUAGCGGCUUAGUUUUACGUUAUCUCUUCUCUAAACCUGUGGCUGCUUUUAAGGUUACUCUCAGUUUAGCUCCUAAAGGUUUUCAGAAAUCUAUUCCUCUUUGUCGGGAAACAUUCUUCUCUCAAGCCAUGGAUGAUCAACUUGUGAAGCGUUACCAGGAUCUUAUGAGAGAGAGUUCACGGAUGCCGCUGUUUGAUCUGAGGAAGCUAAACGCAUCACUUCCAGUACCGAAACCAAUGGAAAAUUCUACAAAUGUUCUUGUUUUAGGCGCCAAAGAUGACUUCAUAGUGGAUGAUGAGGGGCUGAAGGAAACCGGGCGGUUUUAUGAGGUUGAACCGGUUUGUAUUGAAGGUGUUGCUCAUGACAUGAUGCUAGAUUGUUCAUGGGAGAAAGGUGCUGAGGUUCUUUUGAGUUGGCUUUGUGGUUUGUCUAAACCGGGAAAUUUAUCUGCUUAAUGGAGUAUUUGUGUAGAUAGCUGCUUCUCUUUUUUUUUUUUUUCAGGUAAAAGAAAGAAAAGUGAAGUGUUGAUUUAGUUUGUGGAUAUUAAAAAUAAAAGUGUGGGACAAAAACAAAAUUGCAAUUUUCAUUUUCAGGCCAUAAUUUCAGCUUAGAUUUGGAUUUCUACAUUCGCGGAGGCGGUCUGGUUCCUGGUGAGAGCUCGUGGUUCGUCGAAGAUUUCUUCAACGUCCACAAAAUCAUCUCUACAAAAUUCAAAGAGAGACCCAAAUUCAAAAACUGUAAUUCAGAUCACAAGAAACUGAGAAAGAUGAUAUUGUUUUACCUAAAUCAGAGAUGAAUUCAAUUGGAGAUGCUAAACGGUUGUUGAAAUGGAAGAAAUUGUUUUUUGUUUAAA